ACGGAAAUAGGCGGUUGGUAGGCUCGAGACGCUUGGUUGCCUUGGUGAUAACGGUUAACGGACCACACUCAGCAUCGCUGAGUUUGGGGCUUUGGUCCUUGGUUUGUGUACCGAGGUUUGACCUAUAUGGUGACUCUCAAGAUUUUCAAAUUUGUAAAGAAAGGGUCUGGAAUACUAAGGUGCAAGGCACCUCCUGUUUUAGGGGACAGGUAUAUUUCCUUCUCGUGACUGAUCCCUUCCACAAAAAAGAUGCAAACGUGCAAGCGCGCAAUCAACUAAAGAAUCCUGCCCCUCCCCCAAUUUAACUCCUGCGUCGCGCAUCUGCCCUCCCCGCUCUCCCGAAGCUAUUCGGGCAGUGUCCGGAGCGCAUCGGAGGGGGCUAGAAUACCGCGUCCUCCUCUUCACCCGCGAUAUCGCCCGGCCUGACGCACGCGUGCUGACGGGGGAGGGGAGAGGGGAAAGCCGCUUCCGCACGCCGCUCGAGGUCCGGGCACCCGGGAGGAGAUGCCGGGCCAGGGUCCGGUGUCCGACUGGACAGAAUGCAGCUCUUCUGCAGAGCCUCCCGCAGUGGCCAGAACCGAGGGUGGCGGCGGCGGAUCACCUGGACUUUCUUAUUAUCAGAAUUCCAAAGGUAUUGACAGAAUCAAAGAUGGACCCAACACACACAUAGCCAAGCUGCAAGAGUUAUGGAAAACUCCUCAAAUUCAAGCAAUUAGCAUCCCUAAGUCAAUGACAGAUGCGUCUUUUCUAAAGCCAGACCUCACCUUAGGCCAGAAGCGUUAUCUGUGCAGCAUUGCUAAGAUCUAUAAUGCAAACUACCUGCAGAUAUUAAUGAAGAAGCAGUAUAUGCAUGUGAUCCAGCGCAACUCACAAAAGCCAGGUAUCUUCACUCAUCACAGAAGCCGCCUCAGUUCUCGUUACUCACAAAAGCAGCAUUACCCCUGCACCACAUGGCGACACCAGUUGGAGAGAGUGGACUUGGGGCCUUCUAACAUCGCAGCUGCACCUGCACCUGACAUGAUCCUGCAGCAUUCACUCUGGCGACCAGUGAGAAACAAAGAAGGUUUAAAAACUGGAUAUGCAUCCAAAACAAGAUGUAAGUCACUGAAGAUUUUUAGAAAACCAGGCAGACUGUUCAUGCAAUCAGUUUCUACAAAUGAUUCUGAAUCAUACAUGAAUGAAGAAAAAAAGGAAGAAGAUUUACUAAAUAAGUAUAUGCAAUCAAUGUCAAUUGAAGAACAAGAACAUGUGAUGUUAACUUGACAAUCUUGUUUUGUGAGUCAAUGAGGUGCCAAAGGUGGGGGUUGGGGUUGUGAAUUGUGUCCUCUGUCUACAUUUAGGUUAGUAUUGUUAUUCACCAGUAAGUCAUUAAGUAAUUUUAGUUUGUUCAGAAACUUUUACAACAGUGUAAUUGGUUUGAUGUAGUUCCAUGUGCUAAUUGAUACUUGUGUAAUAAAAUUUAUGUGUAAUAUUUGCUUGUAUUUCUAGCUAGAUACAAUUAAAAAUUUUCUUGUGGCUUAAAA